AUGCAGGGUCAGACAAACAAUGUCGGUCUCAAUGUUCACACCGUUUACAAUGUUCCACAGUCUACUCAGCCUCUAAUGUUUACCCUUGCCGAGCUCGCUGCUGCUUUGCAGUUGAUAAAGGACCAGAAUGACAUCUUCAAUUCUCAUGAGGAUGACGGUCCUGAGCCCAUCCCUUCGCCUUCUCAUGGAGGCUGUCCUGCAUGUGUUUUCCGUGCUCAUCGCCACACAUGCUAUGCAUGUGGCACGAACAUCGCCGAAAUCAUCUGUACCAUCCACAUGACUACUGAGCUUUCCCCUGAAGAACUUGCCACCAGUAGCCGUUCUGAUUUUGAGGGGGUACCUGGGUCCUGA